UGUAACGGGUUGCAUAUGAUGAUUUUUAAAACUCUUCCUUUAACCGGGGGCACAGGUCGACGGCAGUAUGACAGCAGUUCAUGACGUCAAGGAAAAAGUCAGACUUGUGGUCGACGAGGCCUAAUUUUAACCUCAUCACUUGUCACAUUUUUCGCCACAUCGCAACAACUGCUGUCAGCGUGUGAACAGUUUUCAUCCAAAGCGUACGAGCAUGGAGGUCAUUUUCAAAGAAGGGAUGCUGCAUCUUCAAGGGGCCAAGUUUGGAAAAAAAACAUGGCGGAAAAUCUGGAUGGUGCUUUACAAACCCAGCUCCAUGGGUGUGGGUCGGCUGGAGUUCCGCUCUAUGUCCAACAGUGAGCAGCUAAAGGCCGGCCGACAGAAGACACAAGAGAAAAAGGUUGUGCGCUUAAGCGACUGUCUGAGCGUCACCCCUGCUGCCAAGGAGUCGUGCCCGGCUCACUGCACGGCCUUCUACCUGAACACCACACAGCACACCUACACCUUCGCCUCCGUGGAGAGCCAGGGCUGGAUCAGUGCUCUCUGCAGUCUUGCCUUCCAGAGGGAUCCUGGAGACUCAGAGAAAGGGGAUUUUGAGGAAGCGAAUGGCCUGACCAUGGAGGAUAAUGACCUUUACUCGUCUUGGAAAAGCGAGCCGACACUUCCUCCUGGCCAGCACAAAGUGAAGGUUCUGGGCACGGAUGCGGCCAAGAGGUGCAAACUGGCCGGGGAGUAUGUGGUGUUCACAGACAGUGAGGCCUUGGAGCUCCUCGAUGUCAACACAGGUGGAGUCAUCUACAGCUGGCCGUACAGACUCCUGCGCAAGUUUGGACAAGUGGAGGAGGGCUUCUGCAUCGAAGCGGGCCGUCGCUGUGAUUCAGGAGAGGGAGUGUUCACCUUCCUGACCCGUGACGGUCCCCAGAUCUUCGAGGCUUUAGCGAGGCAGUGUUCGCUGCAGAAGAAACAGGGUGUCAAGAAAAGGUCAUCAUUUGACGCGGCCUCUGUCGCCCUUCCAGCCACGGCCGGCCAGACCGACGCGUCUCCAAUCUACAGUCUUGUGCGGGUUCGUUGUGACAAGGAGGACAGUUCUGUCAGCCAAUACUCUACGUGUGAUCUCCCCUCCGAGGACAGUAUGAAGCACAUGUGCCUUAUCCAGCCUUAUCUCUCCAGCAGCAAAGAGGAGGUGGGAGAGGAAAGCAAAGAGGAGGACGAGGAGGAGGAGAAGAAAGAGGAAACCGAGGGUGAGGAUGAUCGGUGUCAUUCCCUUGAAGCUGUAGAUGAGGAUAGCGACACACAGGACACCAUUUAUUACAACUUGAGGAAGACCACGCCUCCACUGAUGAGAAAAACUGAGAUUGGUGAAUUUCAGUGGAUGUGCAGUGAGACCAAACGCUACUCCUCCUCCUCCGACCUCCAUUAUUCAAAUGAGCCCUCUUGUCUUCCCCUCACCAAUGCGGAUCACUUUGCCUCAGCACGACCACAAAGCCUGCAUCUCCCCCCUGCAGAUGCCUAUGAAUUUGUGGCGUACAACGCACAGGCAGCGGACGACACGGACGACCCGGAGGAGGCCAUCGGCUCCACCGUCCCGUCUGAGACCCCCGGCAGUUUCAAACACAGGCUGGCAGAAAUCAUUUCUAAGGAUCUGGCGAAGUUCCAGCCUCCUCUUCCCUAUUGAGCAGGCAGCCCCACGUUUUACAGUAGGCUUUCAGCUCACAGACUGACUGGGAAGAGCCGUUUCAAACAUGAUGAACUGUCACGUGCCAUAAUUAGUUUCUUUACAGCUCGAAAAUCCCUUCCACUGGGCGCCUGCUGUCAGGCUUCUGGUGCUUGCAGAUGUUUGUAUGUUUUUGUGCUUUGAAAAUGGAUCUAGAACUGCCCUUUUUUUUGGAGGAGGAGGUGAGGGGGAUUUGCAACAACGAAAUGUGAUAAUUGGUUUUAUUCUUUGCAGCUUGGACAUCAGAGAAGCGUUGUAUCUUUUAAAGCCACUUUGCUUGGCCGGGUGAAGCAGAAAGCAGCUGUUUAUCAGUAAAACCUCGAGCUGAUACAGCGUUGAGCUCUCUAAUAUUUUGUCACAUUACAAACCAGAAACUUGAAUGUAAUUUACUGGGACGUGACCAACACGAAGGACCUCGACAUUGCGAAACGAAAGGAAAAGGUUGCAUGAUUUUCUAAAUUUUUUUCCAAAUGAAAAGAAUAAAGGUUUGUCAUGGAGUUGAGUUUAGCUCUCUUUGCACUCCAGCCGUCGAGUGCCACCGGCCUGCAACUUUUAGAAGCAACCCUGCUCCAACAAACCUGGACCAGCAAGUUUUAGAAAAGAGCUAGAGUGGGGGAUGCAUCAAAAAGUUGCAGGACAGUGGCAGCCAAGGACAAGAGUCACAGACCACUGAAAAUGAUUUAACACAAUCGAUCAUUGCUCUGCACUGUCAUGUUCUUCUUUGUGUUGGUCUUUGACAAAAAGGCCCAGUAAAAAAAAAUUUGGUUUGUGGUUAUUAAUGUGGUAUCAUUUGUGAAAACUUAGCUAUUAUGCAUGCAUAUCAUUGCAAUGUAUUUACUAACCUAAUGACUUGUGCACCAGAAAGGGUCAUUGUCUUCUUAUCUUAUCAAUGGAAUGUAUAGCUUACUUAUAAAUCAACUAGUUUGUAUCAUAAAUAAUCAUUGUGCUUUGGUAUGAAUUGUGCACAUAUUGCUGGAAGUGAUACAUAA